AUGCAAUCUAGUCUGCAAAACACAACUACUGAUGCUAUUUAUUAUCUUGAUGAUCUUCUGGUUAAUGAUGCUGAUUCAACUCCUUAUGAUCUUGGGCGCACUCAUGCUGUUGCUACUGUUGCUGUUCGUGCUUAUCAUGCUGCUCGCAACCAUCUUGACGAGGAUGCUGCUCGUGAUGCUGCUCGUUGUGCUGGUCUUGCUGCUCUUACUUCUUAUAAUUCUGAUGCUGCUGUUCGUACUGCUGCUCGUGAUGCUUUUCGUCGUGAUGCUCUUGCUGGUGUUGAUUCCUAUGAUGCUGCUAUUAGUCAUGUUAAAGCUUUUAUUGCUGGUAAUGGUCUUACUCCUGAUCGUGCCGCUCUUCGUGCUGCUCGCAUUCGCGCUCUUGCUGCUUCUGUUGUUCUUACUAGGUUUGGCCCUCACCAUUCUGAUGCUGCUAUUGGACCUACUCUUGAUAAUGCUAUUCGUAAUGACAGUGUUCUUAGCGAUGCUUCUGCUGCUCUUCUUCGUAUAGGUCGUGAGUGCUUUGCCGGUAUUGAUGGUGCCACUAAUCCUGUUGGUCCUGCCGAUCGUGAUGGUUAUGAUGAAGACUGGAUCUGA